AUGACUUCCAGAGACCACAGGGCCGAUAUUCAAUGGUCAACCAGGCCCGCGUGGCUCAGCGGGGCAAUGUGCAGUACCCCUAUGGAGGCAUGGCGCCCAUGCCUUACAAUCCGCAGCCAGCAUAUGCUCCACAAGGAGGUUUAUGCUAUUCCGCGGGCAGUAUGUACCAGCCUCGGAUGGAGAACAUGCGCUACCAUGACACUGUCCCUGUCCCCUGUGCCACAGCCUUAUGUUCCAAAGGAAGAGUUUGGUCAGCUACGGAGAGAAAACAGUGUCUUGUUGUCCCGGCGGGGUUCUCGCAUGGGAAGUUUUCGCUACGAAGGAGCUCCCAGUGGUAGCUUUUCUCGUUCAUCUAGCUUUCAAGGAAGCUUGAAUGCUAGACAAUAUGGCAGUUUUAGCUCCUAUGGAUCUGGCUAUCGGCCACCGUUGUAUGGGUUUCCGCAAUCAAACGGCUUCCAGCGAUCAAAUAGCGCGAUGUCGGGUUUUGGAUCAGGUUAUGGGAACUCCUUUGGUUCCCGCGUUCCCUCCGCUUUGCUCCCUUCAAAUCGUGGGUUAUCCCGCAAUAAUAGUGGUCUCAACCCCAAUUACAGCUUUGGGUCGGCCCUUGCCGAUAUGAAUUACGGAAACGGCGCCGAGGGCCUUCGGCAACAUCCGUCCAGGGGGAACGUGUCGGAAGUCCCGGUCCCGCAACCUGAGGCAGACCCGGGGUUGGCACGGAAGAACAGCAUGACACUUACACGACAGCAUUCCACCUUGAACGGCUUCUACGAGUUUGGUCCACUGGCGCGUGCGGGACGAAGGAUGGGCGGCGCAGGGGCGUUGGAGGAGGCGCGUCUGGCAGCACGCCCCACCGCCCCACCGCAGUGGCCAAGCGGCUCAGUUUCCGUAAUGGCAGCCGCAGCUUUACGCGGAGCGGGCAAUGGGGGUCGUCCUGGCCGCGCACCAGAGUGGGGGACGAGGGAGCCUCCGAAGCAGCAACAACCGCCCAACGCGGGUGAGUUGGCACGCAAGGGCAGUGAAAAGCGGAUUGGUAUGUACUUCAAGGAUGUCCAGCCGACGCAGGAUGGGGAGUAUAAAAAGGAAGGGGACCUGGGCUCAGCUAGGAACCCACGCAACCUGGACCCGCCUAUGAUGACGCAUGUGCGCACGAUUCUACUCUUGGAGAAAAAAGGCGGUGACACCAUCACGGUGGAUGGCAGCACGGCAAUAGUAGAGAAGCCGGGCACGGAUGAGUUGCAAAAGUUUGACACAAAUGAAAUUGUGCAGUUCUCACCCGAUGACUCCAUUGUCUUUAUCGAAACGCUCGAGGAGAUGCGCGAUAACUUCCUUCUAGGCUGCAACGUGGGGCUUGUGAUGGCAGACUCCAACUGUCCAGCACACGACCCAGCCAAGUGGUUCUCGUGGAACGUGGUGAAGCAGCUGGUGAAGGAUGUCUUUCCCAAAAUGAAGACCAGAACGGAACUCAGCGUCUCGGUUUCGAUUUUGGAGGACGAUCAGGUGAUGGAUCUGCUGACGGAGCGACCACACCACGCAGCCCUCACUGUGGCGCAGUCCCCGCUCUUUGGCAACGUCGCACACGGCGUCAUCUACCAGUUGGUGGAGGACGCCUCCGAGUUCUCCGCGCUGCUUGACCUCGCCCUCUCCAGGUCCGCCGGUAAGCCUGGGGAGGAGCGCGGCAUCGUCCUCAUGUCAGCCAUCCUGAAGCAAAUUCGCACGCACACGCCCCACACCAAGGGGGACGAGGAGGACAUUGUGCUUUCCUCCCUCUUCGUCACCUGCGUCGGCGACGGCAUCGUUCACUACAACCGCAUCGUCGACAAGAACCCAGCGGAGCCGCGGGCGAUGUUUCAGUUUGUGCUCGGCGGUCCCUCCAUGACGGCCGCCGUCAUCUCCGUCGUGGAUGAACCGUCAAACGCCUCUGCGGUGAGCCAGUGCCUCACCACCCUGCAGCGACUGGGCGAGAUACAAAACUACAGCCUCCGCCUUGGCAGCGUUCGCCGGUUCAUCAAGUACACGAAUGAGGUAAUCCCCAAAACGCGGCGGCGGCUAGCGGAGCUGGAGGAAGGGCGUGAGAAGGCAGCCACGCAGCGGUCCUUGGCGCGGCUCGAGUUGAUGGUGUCCGACGCAGAGGCGAUGCUCGAAUCCCCAGAAACCGCCGCACCCAAAAUGUAUAUACGACAGUGA